AUGGCCUUCAGGAAACCAGAUACUUUGUUCAUCACCUACACUCAUCCAGAUGACCAAAAACAGCAUGGCAAUCGAAGAGCUGUUUCUUCAUUCGUAUCAAAGAGCUACAGACCGACGUCCAAGAAGAUAGUGUUCGAAAAAUCACAAUAUCGUCCUUUCGCGCGCAGAACCUUGCAAUCGACCAAGUCAGGAGCCAUUCCCACAGUCGGAAGCAGUCUGCUCGAGCCAGUACCUCUUCGUUCGCACUCCGAGAGUCCACAGCUCACCCCUUUACUAUCAACCGAUGAUGGCGCGGUCAACUAUGCCGGCAGGAGAUCAAAGUCCUCGAGCGACUUUCCCGUUGAUCCCCUGACCGACUCCGUUGAUGGGAAGUCGCUCGUCGAUAUUCUGGUUGAAAGAUAUGGUCGAGCCUUGAACAUGGACCGCGAUCGGUACGAGAGUCUCUUGAGCGAGCUCAGAGCCCACCCCGAAGGCUUUCAUGCUUUGAUGGCCCAGACACAAUCCAGCGCGAACAUCAGCGGCUCCGAGCAGCCGGACUGGAAGACACUAUACCAUCGUGGUGAAGUGAUGAAGCUGCUGCGCCAGCAAAUGCAGUCAGGCUCAAAGAAGAACAUGGACUGUGCGAUUUUCACAACCUCCACGUUACUCACUGUCGAAUAUGCCCACACUGACCAUUCAGCGUGGCUCUUGCAUAAGAGGGCUCUGCGGCAGUUGGUUGUUAGCAGGGGUACAUUACAGGACUUCCGCUUCGAUCUGAAGGAGAACCUGCUGAGGAACGAGUGGUUCAUUCAAGUUCUGGUCAAAAGUCGGGUUGUUGUGGACGAUUGCUGUCCGAAGAAGGCGCUGCGGUUUGAUGACCGAGAUGUGACAACGAAAGACCUCGCUGAGGGAAUGCCGCCCUUGUUCGCCGCCCUCUACGAACGGCAAAUCAUGACGACAACCACAUGUCUGCUGAUCAAACAACUGCUUGUAUACCUUGGCCACGGCAGUCUAUACGUGACAGUUGACUGGCACAAGUACGACUGUCAACUUUCGACACAUCGCUUGGACGCGGAAGCUAUUCAACCGAUACUGACGAUGAUCGCAGAAUGCAAGUCCGGCUUCAUCGAGCAUCAGGUCGUGUACGGACUGCUUCUGCUGAUGUUUGGGGGCCAGCGAGCCGCACUCUCACACACUCAUCUGCAGAUGCUCGACCAGGCUGCGACGGACAUGAUCACAGUAAAAAGUCGAGGCUGCCUGACACUGCGGAAGAGUCUACUAUGGUCAGUAAUGAGUAUCGGCUGCGCGAGCGUCACAAGCCCUAUGUAUAACUGGAUUCCUAGCAUGCAGCACAUUAUUCCCAUGCUCGGCAAUUCUGAAAAGAGCACGAAGGAGCUGCGGUCAGUGCUGCACGCUUACUACCUGUAUGAUACGAGCGAUCCACUGGAGUGA